AUGCGCCAGAGCUACUUCCUGAUACUAGCAGUCGUCACGGCAUUUUACGUGGGUGCCAUCAAUGCGGAGAGCGAUGUUCUGGCCAAGAAUCUGCACAUCGGACCACUCAGCGAGAUGAAAAAUGUAUACCGCAACCUCCGGAAGGAUACUGUGGUGAAAGAUGUUUCAAGAGGCGAAGAGACUGAGGAAAGAACACCGGACUUCAAGAAUCUGAAAGGGCUUUUUUGGAAGGGUUCUAACGCAGCCAAAACGCUGGAGAGCAACCCUGCUCUUGGCCGCACCGUGAGCAUGAAUCCUAAGCUUGGUAAAGAGAUCGUGGCACUGAGAAAGAACAAAGAUUUGAUGAGGAGUCUGAGUGACCCGAGGACUACUCAGCUCCGGAAUGAGUUGGCGAAGAAACCUAUCAAGCUUAACGAGCAAAACCUCGAGAAG